UGAACCCAGGGCACCUAACAACCAUGUUUGGGAGGAGGAUUGGCAACCAUUUUACAACAGGGGCCUGGGGCUGAAAGGAGACCAACUGCCCACUAGAUAACCACACAGGCACAGCAACCUCCAAGGUUCUGCAAAGAAAACUGCUUUGUCUUCUAGAUGCCUUCUUGAGCCUGCUUGUGGCCACCCACAGAUUCUUCUAAGGAGGAAAGAAGUCAGCCUAGCAGUAAUGCUCUGAAAUGAGGGAUUAGAGGCUGGAAUCCAAAAAUCAAGAGCUGCAGCCAGAAGAAGAAGGAACAAGGCCUGAAGAUAUUUCUUUGGAGAGGUCUGCCAUGGCCUCUCUUAGCCUCCAACUUAUAGGCUAUCUCCUGGGCCUUCUGGGGCUGUUGGGCACGGUGGUGGCCAUGCUGCUUCCCAGCUGGCGAACAAGUUCUUACGUUGGUGCUAGCAUUGUGACAGCAGUCGGCUUUUCCAAGGGUCUCUGGAUGGAGUGUGCCACCCAUAGCACAGGCAUCACCCAAUGUGAUAUCUACAGCACCCUUCUAGGCCUGCCUGCCGACAUCCAGGCAGCCCAGGCCAUGAUGGUGACGUCCAGCGCCAUUUCCUCACUGGCCUGCAUUAUCUCUGUGGUCGGCAUGAGAUGCACAGUCUUCUGCCAGAACUCCCACGUCAAAGACAAGGUGGCUGUGGUGGGCGGAGUCUUAUUCUUCCUUGGGGGCCUUUUGGGCUUCAUCCCGGUUGCCUGGAAUCUUCAUGGAAUCCUGCGGGACUUCUACUCCCCACUGGUUCCUGACAGCAUGAAAUUUGAAAUUGGAGAGGCACUUUACUUGGGCAUUAUUUCCUCCCUCUUCUCCCUGGGAGGUGGAAUCAUCCUCUGCUUUUCCUGUCCAUCCCAGCGAAAUCGCCCCAACUACUAUGACGCCUACCAGGCUCAGCCCCUCACCACUAGGAGCUCUCCAAGGCCUGUUCAACCAUCCAAAACCAAGAAUGAGUUUAACUCCUACAGCCUAACAGGGUAUGUGUGAAGAACCAGGGGCCAAAGCUGGGGGUGGCUGGGUCUGUGACAAACAGUGGACAGCCUGCCAGGGCCACAGGUGAGGGGCAUUGCCACUGGAGGAUGUCAGAAGGUGCUGCUGAGGAUAGACUGACUGUGGCUGCUGGAUCAAGCAAAGGCAUAAGUGGGAGCUGGUGUGACAGUGCGUAGGUUGAAUUGUCAAGAUGCUUGCAAAGACACCCUUUCUUUUCCCUUCAGCUUGGUUGCCUUGUAUCCCCAGCCUUGAAUUCUAGCCCACAGUCCCAAGUCCCAACUUCCUAGGCUGGGUCAGACCACAGAGGCUCCUCUAUGCAAUUUGGUUCAUCUGGGAAUUCGUCUGACAAACCAUUCUUCACACCCCACUGACUGACCUGCUCUGUAAUCAAGGACCCUCUCUCUAAGAGAGAAGGAGGACUGUUGGAUUUUAUGGGCAUUGCUCUGACUUAAUUAACAAUCCCCUCUCAAAAAGAAUCCUCCAAUCGGCCAGUAACAACGCGUCCAUCCCCAUCUUGUUAUGUUAUGACUCCACAUUGUCUGAACUGCUUUGUGAAUAAACAGAAAAGCAUCAUCCCACAGUCCAAGCGAACUUAGAACAACUUGGUAUGAAAUGAGAGGGAGAAAAAGCAGCUGAACAACAAGAACAGAACCACUGCCAAAGGCAUUUGUCCAAAUUUCCUCAAGCUUGUGGGUUGGUAUUCUAGCCCACAUAUUGGGGACUGUUCAUAGAAGACAUUACAGAUAUUCAAUGCAGCAGCUGACUGACUUCACUGAGGAACUGCCUCAGAAGCUGCAGCCCCAACUUUCCUUGAAGCUCUGCCUCCUCCCCACCCCCCCACCCCGCCUCCUUUAGGGCACUCCUGCUAAACAGCAAGACUAAGAGCUUCCACUUGGCUUUCCUUAGGAAUGGGGAAAUUGUAUUUUCUAGAGAUAUCCCUUGGCUGUGGGAUGAAAAUGUGGGAGAUGUGGGGGAAGAUGAUACCACUCCCUGAUGUCUGAGAAAGGACUUUGGUAUCUAAAAUGCUGAUUGGGCACGUGGACACUGGAUGAUGGGGGCUCCAGUGGGUGUUUCUUCAGGUCAGAGAGUCUGCCAUGUGCAACAUCAGCUUAAAGCAUGAGUCAGGUCCCUGAGUUCAUCCACAAAGCUCUAUGGUCCCUGAAAGAUUGCAGCACCAAAUUAUCUCUGUCAUACUUUGUAUAUUCCCCACCAACCUUUGCCAGACAUUCCACAGUUUCUAGAAGUCAUCUUAGGUCUCCAGUAUGAAGCAAUGGUGUUCAAGGUGCUAGAGCCUUAAUCUGAGCGCUAGCACAUCACUGGCCUAGGAUUUCCAUAGGGUGGGAGAAUAGAGAAUGUUUCCCAGGUAGAAAUACAGUUAUAGCUAUAGAACAUGCAAUACACCAUUUUUCCUUUGAUGGGGGCUUAGGCUAGGUGUCUCAGGCAAAUUUUCCCUUAGCCUAAGUAUGAUCAUCUACUGACAAACUCCAGUACACCCCUAAAAAUCUCAGUGCUAGUAGGAGACCCUUAAUUUGAUUUAAGAUGCCUUUCAUGUUUCUGCCUUCUUGCCUAUGUAUACAUUGUUCUUGCAUAAUACAAGGCCCUUACUCUUUAGCCAAGUCUUCCUCAUACAGGGAGAGUAAGCUCAUUACCAUUUCCUUCACUGAGCCACCUCUGAUCACUCCGUUCCUCACCUACCCCUCUGCCCUGCAACCUUCGAUGCAUAAAUUGCUUCUUUGAUGCUUAUCAUUUGUAAAUUUUGAUUAAGUUAAUCUUUGUGUGUGUCUGUGAUUCUACACAUGUAUUGUAAACUCUUGGAGGUUAAGGGCCAUAUUUUAGGCUAUCUGUAAGGCUUCUGGGCACACAGUAGGUGAUUAAUAAACACUUGUUACUUGAGUAACUGUUUUUUAUUAACUCAAGGUAGCCCAGAUAAGACAAGUAUGAUGGAUAAAAAAGGGCUAAGGGGAGGAUAGAAUGGAAGAAGGUCCUUAUCUCCAAUGGGUGGAUAGAAAAUUCUGGCUUUUACUUGAGACAUUAAGAAACCAAGAUCCAGUCCCGCUUUCUGGAGAAAUUAACCUUUGUAUCUUGCUAAUGGCUCAUGCUUUUCAUGCAAAGUACUUAACUUAUUAAAUGGCUGUGUGUGAAUUCCUUUCAUUCUUUUAAAAAUUGUUAUAAAGGUGGUAUAAUAAAUUUGUUCAUUGCAAUUAAGUAGAUGAGGAAGCAUAGACUUACAUAAGAGAUUUCCCCAGUCACACAGUCGGUAUAAGUUCACCAAUAUUCUAAUGCACAAAAUAGGAGUCUACAGAUCAAAUAAUAUUCAUAGUCAGUAGGAAGGAUCUAUUAAAUUCCCCCUAUACACCCAAAGGAAAAUGAGGCAAGUAGAGUAACAUUGGAAAUAUAUAAGUUCUCCUGGUCUCCCAUGAGUGGGAGACUGUAAGAAGAACCAAUUCACUGUGUUACCUAGAACUUUCUUUCCUACUGUGGAGGACCAUAGC